UUGUUAAUCCGGAAGAAGGAUACGGAAUAUGGGUAAAGAAAAUAAUCCAACGCUGAAUUGAAACUGGUGAUGGUUUAUACAGCAUUAUUAGAGUAGCUACUUAGCUUAUUAACUGAUAUGAAUGAUUUUGUAAAGGUAUUUUUUUUUGUUUCUGACAGCUAAUUGUAAAUAAUAGUGUUCAGUGUUCAGUGUUUUUGUAUUCUGACUCGUUAAUUCCAAAGACAGGAUUACCUAGAUAACUAGAAUAACUAGAAAUGGCAGAUUCUUUCAGUCUACGGAAUGUUCUGGAAAACUUCAAGUCAUGUCUCAGUGAUAAUAAGGAAGUCUACAUAAAGUACUAUAUAUCAGGAUGGCGAGAGCUUGUGAGCUUUAUGAACAGCCUGGGAAGCGUCUUCUCCUUCAUCUCCAAGGAUGCAGUCAGCAAAAUCCAAAUCCUGGAGAACUUUCUGCUGGGUGAGAAUGGGACGCACUACCUCACCGUCCAGUCCAUGGUGAAGUAUGAGCUGGACAAUGAGCUGGUGGAUCUUACCAAACGAGGGAGCCAUCCGGAGUCGGGCUGCCGCACAUUACUGCGUCUCCACCGUGCCCUGCGCUGGCUGCAGCUCUUCUUGGAGAGUCUGCGCACCAGCACUGAGGACAGUAAGACCUCCGUCAUGUGCUCCGAGGCCUAUAAUGCGUCACUGGCGCAGCACCACUCGUGGAUCAUCCGGAAAGCAGCUGGAUUGGCGUUUUGCGCUCUGCCAGGCCGCGAUGCAUUCUUCGAGGUGAUGAAUGCAGGCAGCCAUCAGGAGGUGAUCACACUGUUGGGAGAAGCUUUACCUCUGAUCUCAGAAGUCUAUCAGAUCACAGAAGACCUGUAUGCAAAAAACAAGCUGCUCGACUUACCCUAGAAGGUUCUACACUACUUGACAUAUUCCUUGGUUACUUGAUAUUACUGUGUGUUGUAGUGUAUAUAUUCCUGCUAUUCCUGUAACUUUCCAAAUACACUGGGAUAUGAUCACAGUUUAUUAUUAUAAAAUUAAGAAAUUUGAAUGUAAUCACAUAUUUAUUAUUGGUUAAAAGGGAUAUAUUGAAUGUACCUGAAUCACUAUUCUGUGAAAUAUAUUCAGCACAGUUAUGAUAGACAGUAUGUUUUACAUAUUUGAAAUGUUAACCGUGUGUAUCUUAAUGUACAUUAUUUUUAAAAAUUUUAGUUCUUUUUAGUAAGUUUUUAGUGAAUCAGAUCAUUUGACUCAGCUCACCAAUCAGAGUCAACUCUUUCAAUUCCCAAAUGAAUAAUUGCCAUUUUUUCUGAACUGGACAAAAUUUCCAAUAUUAUGAGCAGUGAUUGUUUUUUCUUUGCCAGACCAUGGCUGAAAUGGUUUAGUGAAAUUAUACUCUACCUAUUAAACCCAUGUGAAUAAUCCUAAAUCAGCUAAAUUCUACAAAAACACACUGAUGAGAACAGUAAGAAUCCAUGUAUUGGUAUUGUACCCUGUUGUGUCUAUGGUCCAUUAUAAAGAUUUAUUACCAUUUAUCCUGAAAACCAGUUGCAUCCCCUAAUAAACUACAAUAAACUUACCUCUACACACAGCUACAUAGCUGAGAGGCAAACACACGAAUCAUUUGGACAAACAAACAGAUUACAAUUUGAAAAAUGGUUUCCAUGGAAGCAGUGGUUACUGCUGUAUAUAUAUAUAUAUAUAUAUGGCAGUUAGCUCUCAACAUUCACCUAAAAGAGUUGACUCACUCGUAAAUGAUACAUCACUCAUUCUACACCAUUAUUCAUGUGUAAAUGUUUGUUCUGUAUGUAAAGUUGAAACAUCUUACUUGACCAAAUAACCAAAUAGAAAAUAAAUCACUCAACCAGU